AUGUCAUUGGUGACUCCCUUACAGUUUAGCUGUGUUCAGCCGAGAUUUUACAGAGGAUCAUAUCCGGCAGAAAUUAACCUACCGUUUUUGAGGACCCUUCGACUCAACUAUAUUAUAUCUUUGGUACCUGAACCGAUUACUAAUGACCCUAUUUUAGCUGAGUUCUGUGAAGUGGAGGGUAUUGAGACGGUUUUUAUACAAUGUGCGGAUGACAAGAAGCAGAAGACAAAGACAAAGAAUAAAGACGAACCCAAGGUGAAAAGGAAGAAGAAACCUGUACCUAUAGAGUACGAUGUGGUAAUAGAAUGUAUCAAGUUUUUGAUCGACAAGAACCAUUAUCCUUGUUACAUCCAUUGUUCGAACUCGAACACGGAAGUCACAUCGCUAGUCAUAGCAUGUCUACGAAAGCUCUCUUAUUGGAGCACUGUAUCGAUAUUCAACGAGUACAUGACAUACACGUCUAGCAUAAAUAUACAUGAAAGAAACUUCAUCGAGAACUUCAAUCUGGAGAUAGAUAUUCAAGGUGUGAAACCUUCGGACAAAGUGUCUUGGAUAAUAGUCAGAUCUAAGCACAAUGGGGCCACGGGUUCGAAACAGGAUAAAGGUGCGAAACAUCAGAACGGAAAGAGCGAUGAGAACCUCGAUCUAACACCGCAGCUAUCCGCUUCAAAAGAUCCUUUGCCAACACUUAGGUUCCAUGAUGAUUGA